AUGCAAAACAAUAUUAAAAACAUUGGGUCAGUUCGCGUCGCUUGCACACGUUGCAGUUUUAUUAGCAUUGGACGAGGUCAAGUGAAAGCAAAGCGCAAGCCCCGAGAUUCCCGAUUCGUUUGCUAUGUUCAGGGUCAGACCGCUUCUCCCCUGGAUACGAAGCUCUGUGCAAACGACCUUGAAACUCCAAACAGAUACAUCGAAGUCCGAAUCGGUCCGACGGAACCUGCGACUCCCACACAUCGGUUGUCGUAGUCAUUGUCGGACUGUGAGCAAUCUGAACAACAGGGGAAUGGCCACCGGUGGAGAAGCAUCCAAAGAAGAAGUAGCAAAGGCGGAAGCUGCCAAGGAGGAGCCGCCAAAGCAGGGCAAUCGCUUAGUUGCCUCUAAGUCUCCGUAUCUUCUGCAGCAUGCCUAUAAUCCGGUUGACUGGUAUCCCUGGGGCGAGGAGGCUUUCGAAAAGGCCCGCAGCGAGAACAAGCUCAUCUUUCUUUCGGUGGGCUAUUCCACCUGUCACUGGUGCCAUGUAAUGGAACACGAAUCCUUUGAGAGUCCCGAAACAGCGGCCAUUAUGAACGAGCACUUUGUAAACAUCAAGGUGGAUCGUGAGGAGCGUCCGGACAUCGACAAGGUUUACAUGCAAUUCCUUCUGAUGUCCAAGGGCAGUGGAGGAUGGCCAAUGAGCGUGUGGUUAACUCCUGAUUUGGCACCAUUGGUGGCGGGAACUUAUUUCCCGCCAAAAUCUCGGUAUGGAAUGCCGUCUUUUGGUGCGGUCCUCAAAUCCAUUGCUAAGAAAUGGGAAACCGAUAAGGAGUCCCUUUUAAAUGCCGGAUCCGCUUUGUUGGCUGCUUUGCAGAAGAACCAGGAUGCUAGUGCUGUGGCAGAAGCGGCAUUCGAAGCGGGAAGUGCUCUACAAAAGCUAAGAGAAGGUAUCAACGUCCAUAAGCAGAGAUUCGACCAGACCCACGGAGGAUUUGGUUCUGAGCCAAAGUUUCCGGAGGUACCACGUCUUAACUUUCUGUUUCAUGGCUAUCUAGUCACUAAGGAUGUGGAUGUACUGGACAUGGUGAUCGAAACGCUGAAUCGGAUUGGAAAGGGUGGCAUAAAUGACCAUGUUUUUGGCGGCUUUGCUCGGUAUGCGACCACUCAGGACUGGCACAACGUCCACUUUGAAAAGAUGCUCUAUGAUCAGGGCCAACUAAUGGUGGCUUUUGCCAAUGCCUACAAGGUGACCAGGAAGGAAACAUUUUUGGACUAUGCAGACAAAAUAUACAAGUACUUGAUUAAGGACUUAAGACAUCCUUUGGGAGGCUUCUAUGCAGGCGAGGAUGCUGACUCUUUGCCUACCCAUGAUGACAAAGUAAAGGUAGAAGGAGCUUUCUAUGCUUGGACCUGGGACGAGAUUAAAGCUGCUUUCACGGACCAGGCCAAACGAUUUGACGACAUUACGCCCGAGCGAGCUUUUGAAAUUUAUGCUUUUCACUACGAUCUAAAGCCACCGGGAAAUGUACCAGCUUAUAGUGAUCCUCAUGGCCAUCUUACUGGCAAGAAUAUACUUAUCGUACGGGGAUCGGAGGAGGACACCUGUGCUAACUUCAAUUUGAAGCCGGAACAAUUUAAUAAGCUGCUGGACACAGCUAACGAUAUUCUGCAUGUUCUGCGAGAUCAGCGACCGCGUCCGCACUUGGACACCAAGAUUAUUUGCGCUUGGAAUGGCCUGGUCCUGUCUGGACUCUGCAAGUUGGCCAACUGCUACUCCGCGAAUCGGGAACAGUACAUGAAGACAGCAAAGGAACUUCUCGAAUUUCUUCGCAAAGAGAUGUAUGACCCAAAACAGAAGAUUCUCAUCCGUUCUUGCUAUGGUGUGGCCGUAGGAGAUGAAACCCUGGAGAAGAACGAAUCCCAAAUCGAUGGCUUUCUGGAUGAUUAUGCGUUCCUUAUAAAGGGUUUGUUGGACUACUACAAGUCUACACUAGACGUAGAAGCUAUGCAUUGGGCUAAGGAAUUGCAGGACACACAGGAUAGGAUUUUCUGGGACGAGAAAAAUGGUGCGUACUUCUUCUCACAGCAAAAUGCACCCAACGUUAUCGUGCGGCUCAAGGAAGACCACGAUGGUGCCGAGCCUAGUGGUAACAGUGUCUCCGCCCGCAAUCUCGUCCUUUUGGGACACUAUUACGACGACAAUUCCUAUCUUCAAAGGGCUGGGAAACUGUUGAACUUCUUUGCCGACGUAGCUCCCUUUGGCCAUGCUCUCCCAGAGAUGCUAUCCGCCCUGCUGAUGCACGAGAACGGACUGGAUCUGGUCGCUGUUGUGGGACCGGAUUGCCCCGAUACUCAACGUUUUGUUGAAAUUUGCCGCAAGUUUUACAUCCCAAGCAUGAUUAUAGUACAUGUGGAUCCCUCUAAUCCAGAAGAAGGCUCUAACCGGCGCCUACAAACGAAGUUUAAAAUGGUCGGGGGCAAGACUACGGUUUAUAUUUGCCAUGAGCGAGCGUGCCGUAUGCCAGUUACUGAUCCGCAGCAAUUGGAGGAUAACCUCAUGUCAUAUUUCUCUUUGAAUCGCGCUUAAAUCCUUAAAGUUACUCGAAUUCUAUUUUUAUAACUUAUAAAUGUUACUGUUUUUUUCUUUGCUUUUAAAGCAAAAUAAAAAUGAGUUCACGGAACUGCAUAGUUGUAAGUAGCUGUUAGUAAGCACCCCAAUAGACUUGCAACAGAGUCAAGCUAGAGUUAGCUUCUUUUAUUGUCAAGUCUGAGAGACUUUCGCCGCCUGCAUUGCUCCCUAAAUGUCUAGUUCGUUGAAGUUGCAAUUUUUAGCGAAAGAAAACUAAUAUAACCUUGUAUACGUCUAUAUAAAAAGUUAAUAAAGACAAAAGGGGAAACCUUAAAAAA